AUGUCUCUCCCAGGCCUGGAAUUGACCCAACCCUCGGCGGACCGGGAAUUCGCCCCCGCCCCGCCCUCGCAGAUCAGUCUCUCGAAAGGCUCCGAGUGGCGGUUCGAGGUCGCCUUUGGCACGACCGUCCGAGUAAAGCUUCUCGCCGGAAUCGCCGAACUCUUCGGCACCGAAUUGGCCCCCUCCCAAACCUACACCUUCUCCGGCACCAAGGCCGCAAUUUACACCUGGCACGGUUGCACCCUGGAAGUCAGCGCCGGCGAUACCAUCUCCUCGCUCGAUGGCCUCGCGCCCGGCGGCACCAACGGCACCACGGCUCGCGGACUCGGCGCGGGCGGCUGCCAGAGCGAAUACGUGGCCGAGGAGACGCCGAUGAUCGAGUACGCCAACGUACAUUUCGCGCUGGAGUCGCUGCGACAGGAAGCCAAAGCGACGGGGAAAGAUGGCCCGCGGGUGCUGAUUCUGGGGUCCGAGGAUGCGGGGAAAACGAGUUUGGCGAAGAUUCUGACGGCGUAUGCUACGAAGGUCGGGAGACAGCCUAUUGUGGUGAAUUUGGACCCGACGGAGGGUAUGCUCAGUGUCCCCGGGACGUUGACGGCUACGGCGUUUCGCUCGAUGAUUGAUGUCGAGGAGGGCUGGGGGAGUAGUCCGAUGUCCGGGCCGAGCGCGGUGCCGGUGAAGUUGCCCUUGGUGUAUUUCUACCCGAUGCAGAAUCCGCUCGAGGCUGAUGGGUCGGUUUAUCGGUCUAUUGUGUCGAGAUUGGCGCUGUCGGUGACCGGGAGGAUGGCCGAGGAUGAGGAUUCCAGGGAGACGGGCAUUAUCGUUGAUACCCCCGGCAUCCUGAGCCAGAGUAAGGCUGGGAAUGUGGAGAUGAUUAAUCAUAUUGUGACGGAGUUUGCGAUCACGACGAUCUUGGUUAUUGGUUCUGAGCGACUUUACAGCAUCAUGCUGAAGAACUUCGAUAAUAAGCCCACCGCCAGCGCGUCUGCUGUGGCGUCGGAUGAGCGGAUAUCUGUCGUGAAGCUGUCCAAGUCCGGGGGCUGUGUGGACCGCGACGCAGCGUUCAUGAAGGCUGUCAGUGAGACGCAGAUCCGGACAUACUUCUUCGGCAAUCCCAUCCCCUCCACGGCGUCUGCUGCGCUUUCGCUGUCUGCGUCGUCGACGACGAACGUCACCCUGUCCCCGCACGCGCAGCAGUUGGACUUUGCCUCGCUCGCCGUCUACAACUACACAAUAGCCUCAACGGACGAAGACGAGGACGACUACGACCCGUCACAGUUUGGCACCAGUGACUCCUUCCUCCCCGGUGGCACCCACGAUACGGAAUUGAGCCGGACCCAGCACCAGGAGGAGAGCUCCGCGACGCCGACCUUGCCGGGUGUUAUUGUUCCCGUGAAGGAGGCUGUGGCGCCGGCCGGGAACUCGAACGUGCCGUUGAAGAAGCUCCUGCCUCCCGCGCCGUCUGGGCUGGCUAAUUCCCUGUUGGCGAUCACGAACGCGGCCCCGACGGCUAGUCUGGCGGAGGUGCGCGACGCCAGCAUCAUGGGGUUCUUGUAUGUGGCGGACGUGGACAAUGAGAAGGGCAAGAUCAGGGCGCUGGCUCCGGUAGGUGGACGCGUGCCUCCGCGGGCGGUUGUAUGGGGGAAGAAUUGGCCUGGGGAGGUGGUGGGCUUGGUGGGUUGAUGAUAUCUCUUGUAGCUUGGGUGUACUGUAUCUACUAUCUAGGCGUUGGAUAGGUAAUGGACUUAUUUGACUUCAUACCCAGUAAAUAAUCGCUUUCCAUAAUGGCUGCUAGUCGUCUGACUUGGAUAGCCAUUAUUGAUGUGCUCUGGCUUCC